AUGAGGAAGAGAGAGAGAAAUGGAAAGAGAGAGACUGAGAAAGAGAGAGCCAGUGAAGAGACGGGGAGACUGCUGGGGAAUAGAUGGGGGAAAGACAGAGACAGUGAAGAGAGAGAUGUGGAAAUGACAGGGAGAAAAACAUGGGGAAGAGAGGGAAGAGAGAGACGGAAAACAGAUGGUGAAGAGAGAGAACAGAAAGAGAGAGAUGGGGAAGACAUGGUGAAAGAGAAGGGAGAGAGAGAGAGAUGGGGAACAGACAAGGGGAAAGAGAGAGACUGGGAAAGAGAUCGAGUGAAGAGAUGGAGAGAGAGCUGGGAAAGAGACAGAGGGGAAGAGAGAGGGCAAAGAGAGAUGGGGAGACAGGGACGAUGGGGAAGAGAGAGAUGGGAAACAAAUGGGGAAGAGAGAGAGAGAGAGAGAGAUGGGAAAAUCAUAAGGAAAGAGCGAUGGGAAGAGAUGGGGAAGAGAGAGAGAGAGAUAAGGGGAAGGAGAGUGAUUGGGAUGGGGAGGAGAGAGAGAGGGGAAGAGAUGAGGGUGGAAGAGAGAAGGAGAAGAGGGGUAGGGAAAGAGAGACACAGGAGGGAAGAGAGAGUGAUGGGGAAUAGAAAGAGAGGGAAUAGAGAUGGGAUGAGACAGGGAAAAAGAGAGAGAUGGGGAAAUGAGACUGGGGAGACAGAGGAAAGAGACACAUGGGAAAGAGACAAACAUGGGGAAGACGGGAAAUAG